AGGUACUACACAGUUAAAAUCGAUAAACCUCAUCACUGACACAUUUUUUGCAGCACGCUAUGAGAGUAAUUUGUUUGUUUAUAUUUUCAGCUGUAUUAUUAGGCGUUUCAGGAAGAUGUAGAUUUCAGGAAUAUGGAUAUUAUUACGAUGACGAUGAUGGAAUGUGGAAGAAAGGUAUACACUACACCUAUGUUUACUGCAGCGGCUACUGUAACCAUGUAAGCAAUUCCUGCGACUAUGUUUACCACGUUUCAAGCAGCGUGAGUGUCGGAACCAUUACUGGUGCAGUCGUCGGUGCUUUAGCUGGCCUGGCAAUACUGGUUACUAUUUGUGUAGUGGUAGCCUGUGUUUGUGCUAGGCAACGUAGAAGUCCUGGUCAAGUUAUUUAUGCCAGUCGUCCUGGAAACACAACGGUCGCAUACAACAAUACUACAACGCAGUAUUCAGUCGGAGUUCAACAGCUUGUUUAUACAGUUUCUACAACGAAUGAAAAUACCACUAAAUCCCAUUAA